AUGUCUGACUUCGACAUAUGUUAUUCCUCCCUUGCCAAUGUGGUGAUAGCUAGAGGAGAUACCCAUGGUACUUUCCCAGAUUAUAUGAAGCAAAUAGAAGAUAAAGUGAAGUCCACAUACAAUUGUGUCUCAUGGAAUCCAUACCCUGUGGAUUUCUGGACAGGUAAAUUUAACCCAGCUGGAGGUAAAGAUGCAUCUAGUGUCACCAUGGCAGCAAACUAUACUAAUUUUCUGUCUCCAGUAGAGUACAUGGUGUCUCAGUCUAAGCUAAUGUAUAAUGCAGGGGCUUAUCUACACUGGUAUUGGAAGUAUGGUUGCUCUAGGGAUGAUUUUGAUCAAGCUUUUGAAUCAGUUUCUGACAUUGUCACAAACUAUAAGGAGGCAGUAAGGUGAAGAACAUAACUGCAGUACAAUACCAGAGACAUUAUGCUCAUACAAUGGCUCUUUGACAUCCAUCCCCGCUGCAACAACUGCAUGAGCAUUAAUCAUGGCUGUCAACACAGUCAUCACACUCAGAUGAAUAUUUCACUUUUAUUAAAAAAAGUGAAUACACUUUUCAUCUUCAUUGAUUGUCUAGCGCCUGAGCCUUAAGAAUAAUUUAAGUAAUGGAGCGACAUCUCUAACAUUAUACAUUUGUGCUUCUGUAUGGCUUUACUAAAAAUCAUUGUAAUUUAAUUAAACAUUCAUGGUAGUUUUCUUCUUGUAUUUAAUGACCAGUUCAAAAGUUUCAGUUUUUUUUCUCAGUGAACACCUAACGACAAUCAUGUAGGCAAUAACUGGUGACUGAACCUAAUGCAUUAGUACGAAUUUUCGAGUUUUUGAUUGGCUUUCAAUGUUUUAUGUUGAGAGCUUUAAAAAGAUGAUUUGUUAUGGAUAUCUUUUGACAAAAAUUGGGUGCUGAGAACUCUGUGAAACGAAUUUUGAUAUUGUUUUUGAUACUUUUUCUUUUCUUUGUUGAACUUCAUUUAUUCAGGACAUUGAUGAGACAUUAAAGUCACUUUAUUGUGA